AAUUCUCUCUCUACCCUCUUCUUCUUCUUCAACUUGGAGUUUCUCUCUCCUCGUAGUGAUCAUAUUCUCUCUUUUUCUCUGUGUUCGUGUGCUCUUUGGCUUUCUGGGUGCGUUUUUUCUCUCCUUUCUCCCCUCUAAAUUCUCUUUUUCUCUUCUUUCAAUCUUCGGGCACGCCGAAAACAAUGGUGGAUCUUCCAACGGUUUGCUGCAUGUGCGGCGACGUGGGUUUCCCUGACAAGCUUUUUCGCUGCAACAAAUGCCGUAAUCGCUUCCAGCACUCGUAUUGUAGCAACUACUACGGCGAAUUACCUGAGAUAGAACUGUGCGAUUGGUGCCAGAGCGAAGAGAAGAACUUGAGACAUAUUGGGUCAAAUUCGAAGAAACCGGUGACUGGAAACGAGGCCGGAGCCACCCACCGUUCGGAAUAUUCCGGCGAGAAAAUGAUCAAACAGCAUGAUCAUCGUGAAGAGAGUGGUUCUGAGAAGGGGAAGAGUCCCACACCGUCGCCACGACCCGGCACACGCAGGUACAAGCUUCUCAAGGAUGUAAUGUGUUAAGAGAGGGAAAGGAAACAAAGCUAGAGUCACAUCCAAACCAAGAGGAAGAAGAAAAAACAAGACAAUAUAUAAUAGGUGACUUUUGUGUCUUUUAAAGAUGUUUUUGUGUUAAUAGCGUGUAGUAGCUUUGCAAAGAGUGUGUUUCUUGAGUGUUUUUCUCUACUAUGAUCCUUUCGUCUUGAUGAGUGGCUUUUGAAGCAAGUUGUGAAUAAAACAAUGCUACUUUAGUAUCUAGUAUAUAGUCCCGUAAUCUAUGGCAUAAUUAAUUAGUUUA